ACACUACGAUUUACAAAUAGUGUUGAGUCAAAGCAAAAGAAAAGCAAAGGAGGACCACUAACGCAAGUGACAGCCACAAGUAGGAAAUCCCCUCUUUAGGAAGAGUGCGUUUUUUUGAUGAAGAGCAGAUCUACGGAGGAGAAUAAACGAGAACAAAACACUGAAAGCGCAGAGAAAAUGUCAGGAGCGGAGUUUGACAGAGAGUUUCUCUACAACUUACCCGCGUCUGUUAUGACUGACUUUACACGGAUUAUAGAUUCACUUUCACACUCAGACUGGACAUUAUUCGCUUCACAAAUAAUUCUUGACCAGACUGAACUUCGUCUUUUGGAGCAAAGCAGCAGGCGGACGGAGCAACUCAUGCACAAAUGGGGCUGUCGCAACGGGACGGUCGGAGAACUUGUGAAGGUUCUUGAGGAGCUGCGGUUGUUUAGGGCCCGUGAUGUGAUUCUUGAACAGAGACGUAACGCACGAUCUCAGUCUGAGCAGCAGUCGUCUUCAGUGGAGACACUAAGCACCGUGUCUCUAAGCAGUACAGUCGGCUGUGACAAAGUGCCUUUCAUUUACUCGGAAAUUCGGCCUUUACCCAAACCUGGUCCUCCGCCUCCUAAUCUGGACUCCAUCAUUUCAACAAACUCUUAUACAGAAAGAAAGUGCUCGUGUGAGAACCUCCAGGAUUUCUCGUCGGUUUCCUCCAAUGCGAUGAGCUGGCCGAUGGAGGAAGUACAAGAAGGCACAUGCAACUUCUCCACGUGCAAACAGAUUGGAGAAGGAGGUUUCGGACACGUGUAUCGAGCUACGAUGAGAAACACAGAGUUGGCUGUGAAGAAGCUAAAAGAGGACUCUCAUUUGGACUGGAGUGUCGUGAAGGAAAGUUUCAGGACAGAAGUAGAGAAACUAUCGCAAUACAGACAUCCCAACAUAAUGGACCUUGUUGGUUACAGUAUCAAAGGACAAAUGUAUUGUCUCAUAUCUGCUUACAUGCCAAAUGGCUCUUUAGAAGACCGACUACAUUGUAAGGACAACAUUGCCCUCUCUUGGUCACAGCGUGUUAAUAUUCUGCUUGGCACUGCAAAAGCUAUCCAGUACCUUCAUUCCUCCUCACCUGUGCUUAUUCAUGGAGAUAUCAAAAGCUCCAACAUCUUUUUAGGGCAUCAUCUGGAGCCCAAGCUGGGUGAUUUUGGAAUGGCACGUUUAUGUCGGAACCCCAACAAAACUCCGGGCAAGACAUGUAGCGUGGCACAGACUUCAACGGUACGGGGAACUCUCGCAUAUCUACCAGAGGAGUAUUUAAAAGAUGGACAGAUGGGGGUGGAGAUUGAUAUCUACAGCUUUGGUGUGGUUAUUUUAGAGGUACUUACUGGACGAAGGGCUCUAGAGGUCGAUGGUCAAUCCAAAAAUGUUUACUUGAAAGAUCUGGUGAAAGAGGAGGAGGAAGACGACAGAAGCUUCAGCAAAGGAAAGCACUCACGAGAACUGUCCUCUAUGCAUGCGGCGGAGAACAUCUGUAGGAAACAUCUGGAUUCUCGAUUGAUGACUGAAGACACACCUGCCUUGCAUGGAUCAUUGGAAAUCUCCAAACUGGCAUGUCAAUGUCUAGACCGGCGGAGGAAAAAGAGACCUCGCAUGACCGAAGUAUUUAAAGAACUGCUUUACUUAUAUUCGGAGUUGACGACUUGUGGCAGAUCAACUACGGUGAAAAUAUUUCCAGUACCAUCUGAUCUUUCCACCCCAGAGCCUUUGCGUUCUGAGAACAGUUCACUGGACUCUCUGGCCCAGCAGUUUUCAAAACUCUGCCCUCAGGAGGACACUUACCCCUGCCUUCAUAAGCCCAUCUUUCCUUCUUUAAAGUCUACAGUGACUCAGUCAGACAAGUCCGGGUGGAAUGCUGAAUCCUGGGCUUCACAGUCCUCCGGAAUACCGUGUGAAUCGGAUGAGAGUCAAGGCUUUUCUCACUACUUUACAAACACCAGUAGCAGAUCUCAGCCUUUGUCGUGUGGGGCCUGUGAUAAUCAGAGCACAAAUUCAAGUGGAUCUUUAGGCAGUGACCCAUCACAGUCCAGUCCAAAUGAAGUUGUUGUUGUUAACUCUGUGAGGCAAAGGUUUGUCCAGAAAAUGGAGCUGUAUGAAGAGGGAAGGAUUUUGACUUCUGAUCUCCUGUCAUCAGGUGACUCAUUAUACCGAGGGAUGAAUAGUCAAACAAGAGAGCCUGAGGAGAGCGAUGAAUUUGCAAGUGAGACAUCUGACACCAGCCUACAGACCCCUACUGCAGUAUAAGACUUGAAGUUUAAUAAAACCCACAAAUAUGUUAAAUAUAUUUUAAAUGUUUACAUAGACUUGACAUUUCUUUAUGGUACUUCUUGUCUAUUGAAACAAGAGAAACAAUAUUUUAUAAAUACCUCAAUAUAUGCUGCAGAAUUAUGUUACGUAGUAAUAGCAAAUGAUUUUGAAGUGGUACUGUAUAGUAAAGGAAAGUUGUGUACUUGUAAAUCUCGACUGACUAGUCAGAGAUAGUCCAUCAUUUAUUAUUAUACGCCUGUUAUUUUGGCGAUCUGAUCUCUGACGGUUUUUGUUUUUGCUUUGUUCUCAAGAGUUUUCAAUUAUGAAAGUUUGCUUUUAAAGUAAAAAAAUAUGUGUAUGGAAUAUGAAUAAACCACCUGCCUGUGAGAAUAUAAAAUUUUAAUUUAACCUUAAUGUCCAACCAAUUUCAAUGAGACUUAGUUUGUUUAAAUCAUAAAUAUUUUAGAAUUUUAGGAGUAACAUUUGAAAAUAUAAAUUGAUUAGAUAAAAUGACAAUACCAAUGUGGGAAAAGUGAUUUGCCUCAUUUUACAUUUGCCCCAUUACUUAUUAACACACAUAACUUAACUCUUUCCCCGCCAUUGACGAGUUAUCUUGUCAGUUAAGAGAAAAGCUUCACUGCCAAUGACGCUUCCCUGACGAGUUUUUAUGGCAAUCCAUAUUUCCUCUAUUAUCCACUAGGUGGCGUGCUUACCCAGCUUAUAAAACACUGAAGCUACUACUGAUUCAAAAACAGUAAAAACUCUGUAUGUUUUGAUCAUUGUUCUGAAUCUGAUUUCUAACAAAAGUCCUUUACAAAUAUUUCAGCUUUUUGCUCAAAAUUUUGUAUUUUUGAAGAAACCUAACCAUAUUUGAGAGGUGAUAAAGAGAGAACAAAUGAUGAAGCUUUUUUUUCUUUUUCAUUUUUUGUUUGAAAGCAGAGGGUCAAUUCUUUCAUUUGAAAUAUUGUAUGUUUAUAUAUUUAAAGUAGAAAAUUUUCUGGAAGGCAUUAAACUUUUGUGAAAAUCAUGAAAAAAA